AUGGCAGCAAAGCUGGACAUCACCCCGACAAUUGCAGAAGCAGCGGGCCGGUGCUUGGCUCGUUUCCAGAAAUGCCUGGAGCAGUCGGCAUCGAUUUCAUCCCAGGAGAUGGCCUUGGUAGAAGACCAACUUGGAAGAUUUUCUCUUUGGACUGCCAGCAUUGGUGUUUUCUUUGGAGGGCGCGCCUCAUUGGAUCACCGCCUAAGAGAAGCACAAGAGGUACAUGAAGUCAUUAUCGGGCUUUUGGAAACGCUGGAUGACCAAGUCGAAAGCUGGUCCCAUUUCUUGGAGUCUAUGCUAAGACCUCGGGUAUUGGAAACCGGUCCUAGAUCCGAACCCGAGUCGAUAGCCCCCUCGAGGCGCGCAGUUUCCAAUCAAAUAGCACUCCUACAUCGACUGUCGAACACAAUUCGAAGAGCGAGCACCGUGGCUCAGAAUGAAAAGAUUUCCACUUUAUUUACAAUUCGUGACGAGGAAAAGAACGACGUGGAGCCGUGCUUGGAGCUCGUGUUUACGAAUUAUAUCCGCGAUAAAUUCCGCAGCGUUGAUAAUAACCUCUUGCAACGAUUGGUCUCGGCUAUGAUACUUCGCCGAAAGCGGAUUCUCUACAAGAGAGCUCGUUUUGGUCAUAAAGCAUUGAAAGUAUUACCAACAAAAACGCGACCGGAGUUGACAGCGCUGCCGAUGAAUUCUCAACAAAAGGCAGCUGUCAGCAGUCCUGAGAUCCCGUCGGCAUCGCCACCGGUAGCUGAUGAUUUGCCUGUAAAAUCACAGGCUGGAUUCACCGCAACAACUCUAGCCGCUGAAGAUUUCAAGAAAGCAUCAGCUCCUUCUACAUUCUCUGCUGCUAAGACUGUAGCCCUGGAUAGCCAUGAAGCAUUACCAUUCCCACCAGCACCUCUCGGUCGUGCUCACCAAGGGUCAUUCAGUGAAGCCCAGCUGCGUGUGCUAGCUGACAGGAAUGCCCGAGCGGUCGAGCCAUUGUUUGAGUCAUGUCCACUUUGUGGCUUCGACGACACUCCGCAGGGAGGUACAAUUACAGAACAUAUUGUUGGGCACUUGAGAUUUCUUGCUCUUAAGUCUUUCCCGCCUUAUCAUGACGAAGUUUCGGAGGCAUCGGAUGUUGGGAGUGCUAGUUCACCUGCGGCAAAAACUUACAAGAGGAGCACCAUAGACAACGAUCCGGAUAGAACCACAAUUUUGAACUUUGAAGAUACUGGAUCCAUCUCAGCCAGAGAGUUUCUCGGCAUAGAAAUCAAUGCCCCAGAGGAAGAACUGCGCAACAAUUUUUCAAAGGGCGAAGAUGGCCUCUCAAAAACAUACAACAAGAGAUCGUUACCCAGCCUCGAGGGCUCCAGUCCGAUAGAAGAAUGGGGCAACUUUGUUGACAUUCCUCCCUCUGGUGUUUAUAUUCCCAUAUGGGAGUGCCGAGACUUUGAGUGGGGAUUUGCGACUGUCGAUCCGGAAGCAGAUAAGAAUUUUGAUGACCCAGUACUUCAAGAUUUAUCUCACAAGCAGCAGCAGCCAGUUUGCGUCCCAAGAAAAGCUUCGAGAAUGGGCAGAAUCAAUGAUAUAGACGACUAUCUUGGGUAUAAAACUCGUGCUAACCAAGACGACAUUUUUAAAAAAUCCGUUCUGACGAAAGAAACACCUCAAAAAUCCUUGGCACAGACCGAUACGAAGAUUGGAAUGGAUCAUGCAGAUAUUUCUGGAUAUAGUACUCGAGUGCGUGAUAUCGAAGAUGACAAAAAAAUCGUUCCGACGAAAGAAACACCCCAACAACUGUUGGCACAAACGAAUUAUCCUCGUCUUCUGGACCCUGUUCAGGUUGAUUCUCAUAUACCCAUGACCCAUCAAGAAAGCAGCGACACUCGGGAGCAUCUUAGAUCAAGUAGUGAAAAGUCUUUGGAGCCCUCAGUACUAGACUCUGUUCUUGAGGAGGAUUCGCGUGGCUCAUCUAGUUCACCGCUGCCUACGACGGAAGUACCAAAAGGAAACGAGGCAUCUAUGUCCCAGUUGAAGGCUUUCUUUAAACAGGGCUCUAGGGAGCUCAGCGGUGCCUCUGAAUCCCCUAGGUCCUGGCCGCAGCCAGAAUCUAGUAUACGGGGGUCAGCUCGGCCUCUCGAGCCUAUUCUUGUUGAAAACACACCAAUAGGACCGAUUCUUAACUUCCGGCCAGAAAACAUGGCAGAAUCACUUGACCAAUCCCCUUCAGGUCGCUUGGAAAGCAAGCCUGUUGUCAAUGACUCAAUUCUGGAUGAUAUGAUCUCACGCCUGCUCAUUACGGUCCGGACCUCGGGAGGCAGAUUCUCACGCCUGCUUGGUCUUUCCAGUGUCCCGAAGCGUGUUUGCCUGAAGACCGCAGAGAUCAAUAUGAUAUGCGAUGCCUCUCGCGAGCUGUUCCUCUCACAGCCCGUGUUCCUAGAGCUGAACGCCCCUGUAAAGGUAGUAGGAGACAUCCACGGCCAGUACACUGACCUGAUCCGCGUGUUCAAUCUCUGCGGCUAUCCAUCCACAACCAACUACCUUUUCCUGGGCGACUACGUGGACCGAGGCAAACAGAGUCUGGAAACCAUCCUCCUGCUACUAUGCUACAAGCUGAGAUAUCCCCAAACAUUCUUCCUUCUACGGGGCAACCACGAAUGCGCCAACGUGACUCGGGUAUACGGGUUCUACGACGAGUGCAAACGGCGAACAACCAUCAAAACGUGGAAGACUUUUAUCGAUGUCUUCAACUGCAUGCCCAUCGCCGCGAUAAUUGCUAAGAAGAUUUUCUGCGUUCAUGGCGGGCUCUCGCCUGCCUUGGCGCACUUUGAUGAUAUUCGAAACAUCGCUCGUCCGACUGAUGUGCCGGAUUACGGUCUCCUGAAUGAUCUCCUUUGGAGUGAUCCCGCGGACAUGGAGGAGGACUGGGAGCCCAAUGAGCGGGGCGUGAGUUAUUGCUUUGGGAAGAGGGUGAUUACAGAUUUUCUCCAGCGCCAUGACCUUGACCUUGUUUGCCGGGCUCAUAUGGUGGUUGAAGAUGGGUACGAGUUCUACCAGGACCGGAUUCUAGUGACACUCUUCUCUGCCCCGAAUUAUUGUGGCGAAUUCGACAACUGGGGCGGGAUUAUGACGGUCUCGAGUGAUUUAUUAUGCAGCUUUAACUUGUUACCGCCCCUAGACGCGAAGAAGCGCGGAUCAGCAGAAGACGUGGCCUCCACAAAUCGUUCGCAAGACAAUUGA